AUCGCAGUUUCUCAACUUUUUUGAGCUUCAGUCGCGUUAUCGCGAACCAUCCCAUUCCGUCAUUUCAUAACCACCUCGUCCUCAAACCACCGCACACCGGCAGCCAUGGAUGACCUCUACGAUGAGUUCGGUAAUUUCAUUGGUGAGGAGGCCGAAGCAUCAGAGGAAGAGUCCGAACAUGGCGUGGACGCGGGCGCCUAUGUCUACGAUGACGAGCAAUCCGAGGCUGCGCCCGAAGUCACGGGACAGGAGUUGAUGGAGAUUGACGAUGGACCGUCCAACGCCGUCAUCCUGCACGAGGACAAGCAGUAUUACCCGACCGCGCAACAGGUGUAUGGCGAGGAUGUCGAGACCAUGGUGCAGGAGGAAGAUGCGCAACCACUCACACAGCCCAUCAUCGCGCCUCCCGACACGAGGAAGUUCACCAUCGAGGAGGCCGACCUACCACCCGUCUUUUACGAUCGUGGCUUCAUGACCGAUCUCAUGAACUACCCAGCACAAAUACGGAACGUGGCCAUCGCCGGGCACCUACAUCACGGAAAGACUGCCUUCAUGGACAUGUUGGUCCUUGAGACCCACGAUAUCCAAGGAAGACUUGAGAAGCGAACCGGCAAGAAGCGAGACGAACAGCUAAGGUACACAGACAUUUCCGUCAUCGAGAGGGAGAGAGGCGUUUCCAUCAAGGCAGCGCCCAUGAGCUUGGUUCUGCAAAGCACCAAGGGAAAAUCACACCUCUUCAAUCUCAUCGACACGCCCGGGCACGUCAACUUCGUCGACGAGGUCGCAGCUUCAUUACGCUUGGCAGAUGGCGUGGUUCUUGUCGUUGAUGUGGUCGAGGGUGUUCAGGUCAAUACCGAGCAGAUCAUCAAGCAUGCCGUGCUAGAAGAUCUGCCUUUGACGUUGGUAGUAAACAAACUCGACCGCUUGAUCUUGGAGCUGCGACUUCCGCCUAACGAUGCCUACUUCAAGCUUAAGCACGUUAUUGAGGAAGUCAACACCAUCAUCGAAAAUACCGUCCCGGGCUCCGGAGAGACAAAGAGACUCAGCCCAGAGAAGGGCAAUGUGCUAUUCGCUUGCACAGAUAUGGGCUGGUGCUUUACACUUCAAUCGUUUGCAAAGAUGUACGCUGACAGCUUUCCCGGCGUCAACACCGAUGAGUUUGCGAAGCGUCUUUGGGGUGACGUCUAUUUCAACCCUACGAGCAGGAAAUUUACCCGAAAGCCUGCACCCGGCGAAGCUCGCGCCAAGAGGUCCUUCGUCAACUUCGUAAUGGAGCCUAUCUACAAGGUCUUCUCGCACUCGAUCAGUCAGAAUCCGGAUGAGCUCAAGGAGACACUUGCGACACUAGGCAUAUCUCUUAAGCCGUCGCAGUAUAAGACAGAUGCUAGAGUAAUAUUGAAGCUGGUCUGUGAGCAGUUCUUUGGGCCUUCCACUGGUUUCGUCGACAUGAUCGUCCAGCACGUGCCAUCUCCGGUGGAAGGUGCCCAACGAAAGUUGGAGCGAUAUUACACUGGACCGCUGGACACCAAAGUGGCUGAGGCCAUGAAGACCUGUGACCAAGAUGGCCCUUUGAUAGUGCACGUCACUAAACUCUUUAACGCGGCUGACGGCAAGAGUUUCUCAUCACUCGGUCGAGUGAUGAGCGGCAUCGCCAAGCCGGGCAUGCAAGUGCGCGUACUAGGCGAGGGUUAUUCCAUCGACGACGAAGAAGACAUGGUUACGGCAACCAUAUCUGCUGUGAGCAUCGCCGAGACGAGGUACAGCAUCCCGACAGAUGGUAUUCCAGCUGGAAACUGGGCUCUACUCGGCGGCAUCGAUAACUCAAUAGUCAAAACAGCGACUGUUGUUCCUCCCAAGCUCGAGGACGACGAGGACGCAUACAUCUUCAGUCCGAUCACACAUUUCACCGAGUCUGUUCUCAAGGUCGCCGUGGAGCCUAUAAACCCAUCCGAAUUACCCAAGAUGCUUGACGGUCUACGAAAGAUCAACAAGAGCUACCCCUUAAUUACAACAAAGGUUGAAGAGUCGGGCGAGCACAUUAUUCUAGGUACUGGCGAACUUUACAUGGACAGUGUCUUACACGAUCUCCGACGGAUAUAUGCAGACAUGGAGAUCAAGGUCUCCGACCCAGUGACCCGGUUUUGCGAGACCGUCGAUGAAGUCUCCGCCACAAAAUGCUACGCUAUCACCCCAAACAAGAAGAACAAGAUCACUAUGGUGGCCGAGCCACUGGAUGACGGCAUUGCGGAGGAUAUAGAAACCGGACGCAUCCAGAUGCGAGGCGGCGCCCGCAAAGUUGCGAAAUUCUUCGAGGAGAAGCAUGGAUGGGACAAGCUUGCCGCACGAAGCAUAUGGGCAUUUGGACCUGACGAGAUGGGACCCAAUAUUCUGCAGGAUGACACACUCCCUUCUGAGGUCGAUAAAAACCUACUCAAGACAGUUCGAGAAACCAUACGCCAAGGGUUCAGCUGGGCUGCUCGGGAAGGCCCAUUAUGCGAAGAACCUAUACGCAAUACCAAAUUCCGCAUCAUGGAUGCCACGCUGGCCAAUGAAGCUAUUUUCAGAGGCGGUGGCCAGAUUAUCCCUACAGCUCGUCGUGCAUGCUAUUCUUCAUUCUUGAUGGCAAGCCCGCGUCUCAUGGAGCCGCUCUAUGCUUGCGAUAUGACGGGACCGCAAGAUGCAGUACCCGUGCUGUAUAAUGUGCUUGCGCGCCGCCGCGGCCACGUGCUGGUGGACGGUCCAAUCGCGGGUACUCCACUCUACCGUGUCCAAGGUCUGUUACCUGUAAUUGACUCGUUCGGUUUUGAAACCGACGUGCGAAUCCAAACGCAGGGCCAGGCAAAUGUAAGUCUGGUGUUCGAUAAGUGGCAGAAGGUACCUGGUGAUCCGUUGGAUAAGGACGUGAUCCUGCGACCGCUGCAGCCUGCCGAUGCGCAGGCUACGGCAAGGGACUUUGUGCUAAAGACCAGGAGGCGGAAGGGUUUGAGCGAGGACGUGAGCGUGGCCAAAUUCUUAGAGCCCGAGUUUUACCAGAGCCUUGUCGAGAGUGGUGCUAUGGACUUGUAAGAAGGGUUUGUGAAAACACCUGGCAUCACGGUAUGGGUAAGGAGUUCAGGUCACGUUGGCUGGUGAAAAAGAUAUGUUGCAUCAUGCGGUUAUUUGCGCCUGUGUAUACUCUAGAUUUGCAAGCAGGCGUUGAAGGUAGCCCUCUGCAAAGAGCUUCUCAGAAAUCAUCAGACAGGAACGCGAUUUGUCUGACUGCAGUGCAGGCAUGUAACCAAUGACACGAUGCAUGAACGAUUGGCGGCUAGCUAUUACGUGAGUCAAUCGGCCCGUGGCGGGAAGUCGGAUAGAUGCCCGGGACGCGUGACUUGCAAUCUUGCGACGUACAGCAGCAUGAUCUGAUCUGACAUGUUAUGAGGAAGUAAUUCCCCAACAUGCACACGCAUACGCACGCGCACGAAUUCAGGUUUCUCGAAGCUUUUUAUUUUAUUUUUCUAUGUCGGAG